GGUCAGCCUGACGCCGUUUCUGUAAAUGUUUUUAUCCUACUUUUUUUCUUAUCCGACAGACAAUAAUGACAGAAGAAGGAGUUUUAAAGCCUCGGUUUUAUACAUGUGGCUGUUUUAGUACGGAUAACAUUUUCCUGGAGGACUUUAAGCUUCAUGUCCGCUUCGUCUCGGAGGAGCAGUUCAGACUGGAAUAUCACACACUACUACAGACGCUUGGCUGUGUCACGGACGAGCAGUUUGAGGAUGUACUCAGUAAGAUUUCUGUGGAGGUGGACAGACGCAGACGUCUCGGCGUUUCGUCCGCAGAGCGAGCUGCAGCUAUAAAAGACACGUAUCGGCCUCUUCAUCCUCACGUCUACCGUCUGCAGGACUCCUUCCUCGCUCCUCGGCUCAAGCAGAUGGUUGAAUACUGUCGGAGCAGCAGCGCCACCGAAGACGGCCUCUUGGAGAUGUUGGAGGAAGAGGCAGCUCCGAGGGUCUAUCGCUUCCCCGUCUUCCAGAAAGCCUUCUGUGACGAGCUGGUGGAGGAGCUGGAGCACUUCGAGCGGUCCGCAGCCCCAAAGGGACGACCCAACACCAUGAACCACUACGGGAUUCUCCUCAACGAGCUGGGCUUCGACGAGGGCUUCAUCACGCCUCUCCGCGAGCACUACCUGCAGCCGCUGGCCGCGCUGCUGUACCCGGACUGCGGGGGCCGCCGUCUGGACAGCCACAAGGCCUUCGCCGUCAAAUACGACCUGAAGGAAGACCUGGACCUGAGCUACCAUUACGACAACGCAGAGGUCACCCUCAACGUGUCCCUGGGCAAAGAGUUCACCGAGGGAAACCUCUACUUCGGUGACAUGAGACAGGUGCCGGUCAGCCAGACGGAGUGUUCGGAGGUGGAGCACCGGGUGAGCCAGGGCCUCCUGCACCGCGGCCAGCACAUGCACGGCGCCCUGCCCAUCUCCUCCGGCCAGCGCUGGAACCUCAUCGUGUGGAUGAGGGCCUCGCAGCAGCGCAACCAGCUCUGCCCCAUGUGCGACCGCAGGCCGGCGCUGGUGGAGGCGGACGGCUUCGCCGACGGCUUCACCGGACCGCCGGAGUCCCCGCUCCACGCUGUGUGUGCGCUGACGUGACGCACGCACGCCUCACUUUAGCUCCUCAUCAGUAAGCAACGACAAACUGUGACUAUAUUCCAGAUUGGAAUGAUUGAUUCUAUUUUGUGUCAAAGUGGUGGCGUGUUUAGCCUGGUGUGAGGAGUUUCCAUGUUCUCCCGGUGCGUGAUUGUGGGUUUUCUGUGUUUACUCCAGAUCACUGGUGGUUGUAAGUGUGAAUGUGUCGAAGAAUAAUCAGUGACAACAGCACUGGAGGAAUAAAUUC